CCAUGAGACUGUACAUUUGUAAAUAGAGCAGACAGCAUUUGACUUUCUACUGACAGGUUUUAUAGAUUAGUUAAACCUCUUUGAAUUAUAGAUAGUUUAGUGUUAAAACAAUAUUAAAUAGUUUCGUCCUAGAUGCUGACCCUGGUGAUAUUGACAGCAGGAUAUGCAUUAGAUAAAGUUAUUUUGUUAACAUAGUCAGUGUAAUAUCUGGUAUCACUACUGACAAACUGGAUUGAAAUAAGAUGUUAAAAAUGACUUGAACAGAUUGAGCAACAAGUAUGUCUUUAAUUCGCUAUUUAAAAGUUCCUAUACACAAACGCUGUACAAGUGAUGCCUUCUACAGAGCUUUCCACAGAAGUAGUGUAAACAAUAACGAAGCAUCAAAAUCAUUGAAGACAGUUGUUGAUUUGCCAAAGCAUGCUCGUGUGGUGAUAUGUGGUGGUGGUGUAACUGGGUCAUCUAUAGCUUACCAUCUAGCAGAGAGGGGUUGGAAUGAUGUUGUACUAUUGGAGCAGGGGAAAUAUACAUGUGGAACAACAUGGCAUUCUGUUGGUUUGAUUGGUCAACUGAGAGAUGAUGUUCCUUCAGCUAGACUAGUCAAGUAUAGUGCUGAACUGUACAGAUCAUUAGAAAAGGCAGGACAUGGCAUUGGUUGGAAGCAGUGUGGUAGCAUAAACAUUGCUCAGACUAAAGAUAGAGUCAACUUGUUACAGAGAAAGCAUGCUGUCGCUGUUGCUACUGGUAUUGAAGCCCAUUUUAUUGGACCAGAAGAAGUACAAAGAUUAGCACCUGUUCUUAAAACAGAAGAUAUUCAGGCAGCCUUAUAUGUUCCAUCAGACGGAGUAGUAGCUCCCUCAGACUUAGCAUCAACUUAUGUCAGACUAGCCAAAGACAGAGGAGUGAAGAUGUUUGAAGGAGUACAAGUUGAAAAGAUUCUAACUCACAAUGGCCAUGUUCAUGCUGUACAGACAAGCCUGGGAACAAUUAACUGUGAAUACUUUGUUAACUGUGGAGGUUUGUGGAGUAGACAGAUAGGAAAGAAGUCACAACCCAGAGUCCAAGUACCAUUACAUGCUACAGAACAUUUCUACAUUGUAACAAAGGAUGUGCCAGGAGUGGAUUCUUCCUUACCAGUGAUUAGAGAUUAUGAUGGACUAAUCUACUAUCGGGAAUGGAGUGGGGGUGUAAUGGCAGGAGGUUUUGAACCUGUAGCUAAGCCAGUUUUCCAUACAAAUAUUCCAGACAAAUUUGAGUUCCAGUUACUGCCUGAAGAUUGGGAUCACUUUCAAAUAUUACUUGAUGCUAUUCUGCAUCGUAUGCCUGCAGUGGAAACAGCUGAAGUACGUCAGUUUGUCAAUGGACCAGAAAGUUUUACUCCUGAUGGGAGCUGGAUUCUUGGGGAAUCUGCAGAGAUAGGUAAAUACUUUGUGGCAGCAGGGAUGUCCUCCACAGGUGUUGUAGCAUCUGGUGGAGUAGGCAAACAAAUUGCAGGCUGGAUCAUUGAUGGAGAGCCAAGCAUUAAUCUAGAAGCUCAUGACAUCCUACGAUUCGUACCAUUCCAUAACAACAGACGGUUCCUCAGGGAGAGAGUAAAAGAAUCAUUAGGCAUGUAUAGGAUGAAAUAUCCAGGACAGCAAUGGAAAACAGGACGUAACUUUCGUACCUCACCACUCUAUACCCGACUGAAGGCUGAGGGGGCCUGCUUUGGUGAAACAAAUGCUUAUGAGAGACCCAUGUAUUUCAAUGAUACUGCUGAUAGUGAAGAACAAUGGGGCAUACAGAAGGGUACAUUUGGUAAACCUAUCUGGCAUGAGCAUGUGAAGAAUGAGUAUUGGUCAUGUAAAGAAAGGGUCAGCUUGAUUGAUAUGUCAUCGUUCUCAAAGUUUGAAAUAAUGUCUCAGGGAUCAGAAGCAUUAGAUUUAUUGCAGUAUUUAAGUUCAAACGACAUAAAUCAACCUAUCGGAACAGUUAUACAUACAGGCAUGCAGAAUAAUCGUGGAGGAUACGAAAAUGACUGUUCUAUUGUACCACUGACAGAUAAUAGGUUCUUCAUGAUCGCACCUACCUCACAGCAGACCAGAUCAUUAGCCUGGUUAAGGAAACAUUGUCCACUAGAUGGAUCUGUGAUGAUAUCUGACCUUACGUCAGCAUUCUCAGGGUUAAAUGUGGUUGGUCCACAUGCUCAACAGCUGUUGGCAGAUGUCACAGAUACGUCAAUGACUCUCAAUGACUUUAAACCCAUGACAUGUCAGGUUAUAGAUGUUGGCUACGCGGGAGGUAUUAUAGCUAUGAGGUUAACACAUGCAGGUGAAGACGGCUUUGUUCUUUAUGUCCCUUCAGAGUAUUCCUUACAUGUAUACGACACACUUAUGAAGGCAGGAAAGGACUAUGGAAUAAGGAAUGCUGGGUAUUAUGCAAUGAGGAAGUUAAGGAUUGAGAAGUUCUUUGCUUUCUGGGGACAAGAUCUCUCUACAGAUGAUACACCUUUUGAAUGUGGCAGAGAUUUCAGAGUAAAGUUAAAUAAAGGUGAUUUCAUAGGGAGAGAUGCCUUGGUAAAACAGAAAGAAAAUGGAAUUAGUCAAAAGUUCGUUCAGUUCCUGUUAAAAGACUUUGAUACAGACGAGGACGUGUGGCCAUGGGGUGGUGAACCAAUCUAUCGGAACGGCAAGUUUGCUGGUACUGUUACCUCCAGUGCAUAUGGCCCUACAUUAGAGAAGAUGAUUUGUCUGGGCUUUGUGAGAGACUAUGAUGAAAAUGAUAACAGAAUAAUUCAUAAAAACAUUAACCAAUUUAUAAUGGACAAGGAUGCCAACUAUGAAGUGGUCGUAGGAGGACAGAGAUUUCAAGCUGAAGCCAGACUUUACACUACAAAGGAAGCUUAUACGACAUCGGAUCCAGUGUUUAUUCCUGUUCCUAAGAAAUAAUCAGAUAUCUAGCCAAACUAUCUGAUCAAUUAUUUUAUCUUGGUUCACAGAAAUAAUCAAGACAUAACAGACUUAUAUCAUGUUAGUGCCAAUAUUGAAAGUGAAUUUGAACAUUCUAAUUAGAAGAGGGCAUAUUAUGGUAGAAACUGAACAUUGUAAUCAGAAGAGUGUGUUAUUAUUAUGGUAGUGACAUAUGUAGGUUUGCUCCAGUAUAAAUAUAUAAAUCUAAUCAAUAUAAAUUAAAGAGGCAUUCAUUCAUAAAGUAUAUUUUUGUUUGUUUCCAACAUUUUCGAGAGCGGAUUUUUGAACAUUUUGCUAUUAGCAGUCAGUUUGAUUCAAUUUUAUCAAAAUAAGCCCAAAUAUGCAUGCAUCCUAUUGUGACCUUAGUUAAAGAUCAAUUAUUUGUGUGCUCAGCAAUUCAGUUAUUGAAAAGAAUGUCAGCUUAAAAGUGAAAAUAAGGAACCAAUUUUGUUAAUUGAUUCAGGGUACAAAUACAUCUAUCGUAUAGUGCUUACAGGUGUAAUGAUGAUAUUCAUUAUUUUUUUCAUUAAUGAAAUGAAAUAAAUACAGAAAAUAGUUAUUAUAUUAUUGUGAACAGAUAUCAGUAAGAUGUAUGGUAGAUUAGAUAGUGUACAUUCCCAUAAUAAUUUAUACUUUAUAUAUUCCCAUGCAUUGUUUAUUGUUUGGAAUGUAACAAUUUAUAUUUCUUACUUAGGUUUUCAGAUGUUAUAAAUAUUUGGGUCAAGUCAGUAGUCAUGGAAACAUUAAGUUACUAUUACUCAGGCAGUAAUUUGAAAAAGAGUUUUCUAUUUCAUACCCGUAGCCAGGGGGUUCAGGGGGUUCGAACGACCCCCCCUUUGAAAACAGAUAAGCACUGUUAAAGUCAAUGUUCUGUUCAAAUAGUGACUGUUAAAGUCGAGAUUGUGAGUCCAACAAACCCUCCUUGGAAAUUCCUGGCUACGGGCCUAUAUUUUGUAUGUUUCUUAUAUGUACUACUAAUUCUGUGAGCUUCAUUAUGUCUAAUGUCGUUUUUUGAAAUAAGAGACUAAAAAAAACUUAUAGAAAUAGAAAUAAGAUAUAGUUCUUUUAAAAUGCAGAUAUAUGUUAUUAUUAUUUUUUGUUGAAUAUAGAUGAACCAGAAAUGGUAAUAAAUUAAUCAUAGUCUAAAACAGAUAAAUGUUCUGAUUUAUAAUUGAAUGAAAUAGAUAAAUGUUUUGAUAAAUCAUGCAACCAAUCAGGUAAAUGUUCUGAUGUAAUCACUAUAGAACUGUUUCUCAUGUGAUGUUAAUAAUAUGAUGUGUUGUUUGAAAUGAAUGUUUACUCAUGUUUGUAUUGUUUGUUAAAAUGAGUAUAAAGAAUAAAGAAAAAAAAUAAACA